CAUUAAUUAAUCAUAAGAAAUCAAUAUGACAGGUGCUACUAUGAGACCUCAAUGAACUCUAAAUUCUCCGGUGGAUGGCGGUAUCCGCUUUGAAUUUUGGUUUGCGAUACGUGACAUACAUUCAGAGAAGAAGAAGAUACGGAAGUAGCGUUAUCGUCUGGUCUUACACGGAAACGACAGACUUCACAACAAGAUAGAGUGGUCGGUUUUUAUUUGUAUGUAGUCCUCUUAUUUUUUUCUACUGAAAAAUCUUUCCGAAGGCCCACUAGUAUGCGCACGUUGCUAUAAAGGCAUCAGAGCUGCCUCUGCUAGCUAAGGAUAGACCGCCAACGUAAGCUAGCACUGCGAAUUGUUUUCACCUCGUUGGUUGUGAGAAGUAGCUUGUUUACGUUACAUACCCGGGAGUGGGCAGUCUCUAGUAAAUGGCCUGCACUUUAGAAAAAGUGUUGGGCGAUGCUCGGACCCUUCUCGAGAGGCUGAAAGAGCACGACACGGCCGCGGAAGGACUGAUAGAGCAGUCCGGGGCCCUCAGCCAGAGAGUGCAGAACAUGAGAGAGGUGGGAAAUGCCCUUCCAGACAAGCACACAGAAGACACUUCAGAGAUUCAGGAGCUGACCAAAUACAAGCCCCAUGUCCUUCUGACUCAGGAAAACACUCAAAUCAAGGAACUACAGCAGGAGAAUAAGGAACUUUGGUUGUCUCUUGAAGAACACCAGUACGCACUAGAACUGAUCAUGGGUCGGUACCGAAAGCAGAUGCUUCAGCUGAUGAUGGCGAAGAAGGAGCUGGACACCAAACCUGUGCUCAGCCUCCAUGAGGACCAUGCAAAAGAAGUGCAGAGCCAGGUGGAGCGGAUAUGCGAGAUGGGCCAGGUGAUGAGAAGAGCAGUGCAGGUGGAUGAUCAGCACUACUGCUCUGUUCGAGAGAGGCUCGCUCAGCUGGAGAUUGAGAACAAGGAGCUGCGAGACCUCCUGGCAAUCAGCAAGGGCUCUGCGAAGACAGCCAGAGAGGAAACCAACCAGCCAGCAACAGCAGCACAGUCCCCUCAACCAGGGUCCAACGAGUGACCAGAACAGCAUCAGUGUGAACUGUGAAUGGGGAAACAAGUCCUUCGGGACCAGAAGACAGGGUUCAUGAUCUCUUCACCUGUGUUAACCACAUUUUUUUUUUUUUUUACAUAAGAUGGAAUGCAGUCAGACCACAGCAUCUGUUUUUUGUUGUUAAGGCCACUACAACACUAUGCUAUCAGAAGCAUCUACCUUUGGGUAUACCUGGAUGGUAGCUGUUGUAAGCUUUCAUAUGUACAAUAUAUGUACGUACACACACGCGUACUGGAGUAAAGGCAGUAAAAGCAAAGGGGAUUUAUUUUAUUUUUGGCCAAAGAUACAUUUUUUCGUCAAGGACACAGUUUCUACCUCUUUGUUGCCCCUUUGCUGAUCACUCACACUCACAAUUUGUAAAAUGUUCACAACCAACCCCACUAUGAGUUCACUCAAAGUCCGUUAAGAAACCAACUCGUAGGUUGCACCAUUUUAAGAGGCUGUGCUUGAUAAUUACUCUGCCAACAUGAUGACUUUCGGCUGUCUCACACAGUUUUCCUGCUGAUGAGUGACAGUGGCUCAUUUAUAUGUGAUUGUCUAUCAUCGUAUGAAUUUGAUAUGUUUGUCAGUCUGUUUGUAGAAUUCAUAUGUAACAUGAAUUUCAUGUUUAGUACUUUGAUUCUGUGUGUUUAACAGCAGUUUUCUAGUUAUCAGAUUUAAAUGCAGAGUAAUCAAAUGCCCCAGCUGAUGGCACAUCUUUAUUUAAUGGUAAAGACUUCAAAAUAUGCCAACGUUUUGUGUAACGGAUAUCAAAUGUUUGCGCACUGUAUGUUCUCAGAAAUUGUAUAUUGUCAUCUCAGGAAAACAGCUUUAAUAAGGUGAACAUGCUGUAAUGACUUCAUGACAGUGUACUGAUUUGUGUCAAACGAAAUUUCAUUCAGAAACUUUAGAAAAUUUGC